AUGUCCUUCUCCGUCCUUCGCCACUCUCGGCUCCUCGCUCAGGCGCCGAGGACUGUCGCUGCUGUCCGAUUGCUCUCUACGCCGCCGGCGCGCGCCGAGGUCCGCACAACGACGCCGACGCCUACGGUUCCGCCGCCUAACUUCAACAACCCGCCUGCUUCUGCGUCGGCUGGCUCCAGCGUUCAGCCGAGCAAGAACAUUGACUCGAAGCCGUCCUCGUCCUCGUCUUCCUCGUCUCGCCCGCGACGAACGAUCAAGAGCAAGAAGGCUGCUCUGACUAUGACUCCUGAGGCGAUUGAGCGACUCCGCGCUCUGCAGGCGAACCCGACCGAGCCCAAGCUUCUUCGGAUAGGUGUCAAGACCCGCGGUUGCGCCGGCAUGGCGUACCACCUUGACUACGUCGACCCGCCGGGAGGCAAGUUCGACGAGGUGGUCGAGCAGGACGGCGUGCGCGUGCUUAUCGACUCGAAGGCGCUGUUCUCGAUCAUUGGCUCGCGAAUGGAUUGGCGCGACACGAAGCUGUCGGCUGGGUUCGUCUUCGACAACCCGAACAUCGUUGACACUUGCGGGUGUGGCGAGAGCUUUAACAUCAAGUUCUGA